CUUGACGAGAAUCAAUACUCACUGCUCUUGCUCUCUGACCUGCUGAAAAUAAAAAAAAGGGUUAAGCUCUCAAAAAUUUCAGCAAAACAGAAGAAGCUACGCUACUUUGCGCUUCAUUCAGAUGACGACUUCUGAUAUCAUGGAUGAAGUGGGAUGUAGUAGUGGUAAAGGGAAGAUAUCAAAUGGAUCAGCGAUGAUGGAUUUUGAUAUUGAUGAUCUCUUUGAAGUGGAUGAUGAUGAUUGGGAUGAGGAUGAGGAUGACGAUGACGAUGACGAUGAUAAUCUUGAUGUGGGUCCAAUCAAAGAGUUGGGUGAAGGUUUCUUGAAGAACUUUUGUAAAAAGGCAUCAACUGGUUUUUUUGAGAAGUAUGGCUUGAUUAGUCAUCAGAUUAAUUCCUAUAAUGACUUCAUCAACUAUGGAAUCCAAAGAGUGUUUGACUCGGUUGGGGAGAUCCAUGUUGAGCCAGGGUAUGAUCCAUCAAAGAGAGGUGAUGGUGAUUGGAAGCAUGCUUCUGUGAAGUUUGGGAAAGUAUCCCUUGAGCGGCCAAGGUUUUGGGCAGGGGAAAAAUUUUCUGUGGACGGUGGGAAAGAGUACCUGGACUUGUGGCCACGGCAUGCUCGCCUUCAGAACAUGACCUACUCUGCCAGGAUUAUGGUUGAGACUCAUGUUCAGGUGUAUACUAAAAAGCUAGUUAGAAGCGACAAGUUCAAAACUGGGGUAGACCAGUUUGUUGACAAGGAGUGUGAGAUGGAAGACAAAAGGGAUGUCUUGAUUGGGAGAAUCCCUGUGAUGGUGAACUCAGAGUUGUGCUGGAUGAAUGGUGUUGACAAGCCUGAUUGUGAAUUUGAUCAUGGGGGAUAUUUCAUAGUCAAAGGGGCUGAAAAGACCUUCAUCGCACAGGAGCAGAUCUGUUUAAAAAGACUCUGGGUGUCAAACAGUCCCACUUGGACGGUUGCAUAUCGCCCAGUUGCAAAAAGGAAUAGAGUCUAUAUUAAACUGGCUGAGACCUUGAAGCUCGAGCACAUUAAGGGAGUAGAAAAGGCCCUUACUGUGUACUUCUCAGUGGCGGAAAUGCCAAUUUGGAUUUUGUUUUUUGCUCUUGGUGUAUCCUCUGACAGGGAGGUAGUGGAUUUAAUUGAUGUGGAUAUUGAAGAUACUAAUAUUGUCAAUAUACUAGUAGCUUCAAUCCACGAUGCUGAUAAGAAGUGUGAGGAUUUCAGGAAGGGGAAAAAGGCUCUCGCUUAUGUCGAUAGACUUAUAAAGGGUUGUAGAUUUCCACCUCAAGAGUCUGUUGAGGAGUGCAUAAAACAAUACCUGUUCCCUAAUCUUAGUGGUCUCAAGCAGAAGGCUCGCUUCCUUGGCUAUAUGGUAAAGUCCCUCUUACACGCUUUUAUUGGUCGCAGAAAGGUUGACAACAGAGAUGAUUUUCGGAACAAGAGAUUGGAGCUGGCUGGUGAGCUCCUUGAACGAGAGCUCAGGGCGCACAUUAAACAUGCUGAGAGGCGUAUGCUGAAGGCAAUGCAAAGAGAUCUUUACGGAGAUCGACAAGUGCAACCAAUUGAGCACUAUCUUGAUGCAUCUAUUAUUACAAAUGGUCUCUCCAGGGCCUUUUCCACUGGACACUGGUGUCACCCUUACAAGAGAAUGGAGAGAGUCUCUGGUGUAGUAGCAACUAUUAGACGAACCAAUCCUUUGCAAAUGACUGCUGAUAUGAGGAAAACACGUCAGCAGGUUACAUACACUGGGAAGGUUGGCGAUGCUAGAUACCCACAUCCUUCACACUGGGGAAAGGUAUGUUUUCUCUCCACCCCAGAUGGAGAAAAUUGUGGCCUGGUGAAAAACUUGGCAAGUAUGGGUCUUGUCAGCACAACGAUUUUGAAGCCACUUCUUGAGACGUUGUACCGGUGUGGGAUGCAAAAGUUAGUAGAUGAUAGUGCCACCUCACUCCAUGGAAAGCAAAAGGUACUUUUAAAUGGGGAUUGGGUUGGAGUAUGUGAAGAUUCUGCACUCUUUGUUUCAAAGCUAAGACGUAAGCGCCGCAGGAAUGAAGUGCCACAUCAGGUUGAAGUUAAGAGAGAUGAGCAGCAGGGUGAAGUUCGCAUAUUUUCUGAUGCGGGAAGGAUUCUGCGCCCUCUUCUUGUUGUUUCAAAUCUAAAGAAAAUCAAAGCUUUGAAAGGGGGAGACUAUGGCUUUCAAUCUCUUCUGGACAAUGGGAUUAUUGAGCUUAUAGGACCUGAAGAAGAAGAAGACUGUCGAACUGCAUGGGGAGUUGAAUACCUCUUAAAAGCAGAUAAGGAGAACCCACCCGCCAAGUAUACCCAUUGUGAGUUAGACAUGUCAUUCCUAUUAGGCUUGAGCUGUGGUAUUAUCCCUUUUGCAAAUCAUGAUCAUGCUAGGAGAGUCCUCUAUCAGUCUGAAAAGCACUCUCAGCAGGCUAUUGGGUUUUCAACAGUGAAUCCAAACAUUAGAGUUGAUACAAAUACCCAUCAAUUGUAUUAUCCUCAGAGGCCACUUUUCCGGACAAUGUUGUCAGAUUCCCUUGGGAAGCCCAAAUAUGCUCGUUGCCAGAAAGGAAUGCUUCCACGGCCUGAAUACUACAAUGGUCAAUGUGCUAUUGUUGCAGUAAAUGUUCACCUUGGCUAUAACCAAGAAGAUUCAUUGGUUAUGAAUCGUGCAUCACUGGAGCGUGGAAUGUUUCGGUCGGAGCAUGUUAGGAGCUACAAGGCUGAGGUCGACAAUAAGGAAGCUAUUGGAAAGAAGCUAAAGAUUGAGGAUUCUGUUAACUUUGGGAAAACCCAGAGUAAAAUUGGACGAGUGGACAGCCUAGAUGAUGAUGGUUUUCCAUUCAUUGGGGCAAAUCUCCAGAGCGGGGAUAUCAUAAUUGGGAAAUACGCAGAAUCAGGGGCUGAUCACAGUGUCAAGCUGAAGCAUACAGAAAGGGGUAUGGUUCAAAAGGUUCUGCUCUCUGCCAAUGAUGAAGGGAAGAACUUUGCUGUUGUAUCUCUGAGACAA